AUGAAACCCUCCAUCAUCGGCCUCCUGUUCGGAGCUUUCGCCCUCGCAGGCGCAGACCUCCUCAACCCCCUACCACCCAACGCGGACCAGCGCGCCAUCGACUUCCAACCCUACGUCGACGCCGACACCGACGCCUGCGACCCCACCGCCGCCAUCGACAGAGACGGCUACACCCUCAACGAAGGCCUCGUCCCCUUCAAGAAUGGCAACUGCCGCAAAGGCCGCCUCGCCCGCUCCCAAACCUACGUCCGCACCCGCUGCAACCACUACUGGUGCGCCUAUCUCUACGGGUACUACUUCGAAAAGGACGAAGGCUUCCUCGGCGGUUCACACACGCACGACUGGGAGCACAUUAUCGUGUGGGCUCUCCACAACGAAAUCUUCUUUGUGUCCUGGUCAGCCCAUGGAAACUACACCACUGCUCACCGAUCGGGGGUGCUGUUUGACGGGACUCACCCCAAGUUUGUUUCUCACCGUGGGUGGACUACGCAUUCGUGGAGGAGGGCAGAGAAGAAGGAUGACCCUCCUGAAAAUGAGACCAAGAAGUGGUCACAGGCGCCGCUGAUUGCGCUCGAGAAGAUGCCGUGCGAGUUCAAUAGGAGGCUGCUGAAUCAUAAUUGGGGGAGAGCUCAUAUGGAUUUGAAGAGGGACCGGUUUGGCGAUGCUCUGAACAAGGCUAUUCCGGCUGAUGCGAAGAACAAUGAGAAGUUUGAUCCGUAUAGUGACAGUUGA